AUGGAUGGAAUUAUUGCGAUGUUACCAGCGCCAAUUCAAAAAUUGUCAACACAUUUGGAUUUCAGAGGACAACGAGUUGCUGAAACAACUUAUCAUGUAAAAAGAUUUUGCAAAAAUGACGCAAUUAUUAUAAUUUUUGCAGGUAAUCUUGACGAUUUCUGGAAUAAUUGCAUUCUUCGUUGGUUAUUGGACCCAACAACUCAGUCAUUCAAUGUAUAUUAUAAUGGCUUCAGCGCUUUUCACCGCUUUGAUCAUUUUGCCACCAUGGCCGUUCCUUUUCCGCAAAAAUCCGAUUGUUGUGAGUUUGAAUAUAAAUUGAAUAAAUAUCAAACUCAAAUUAUCGAUUUUUCAGUGGCAAACUCCGAAUGCUGAAGAAAAAGAGACAAAGAAAACACAAUAA